GCGGAGCUAUGUUGGCCCUCGCCGGCUGCCGUCGGCUGCUGUGGGCAGCGGUGCGGGGAGGCGGCGGGGCAAUGCCCCGAAAGGGAAAAGGAGCCGGGAAGGGACCGGCGGACUCGGGCGCCGUUUCGGGACCGGUGGUAGCAGCGAGUGAUGGCUGCGUGAGGGUGUCGGUGCGCGCCAAGCCCGGCGCCCGGUGCAGCGCAGUCACAGAUGUGACAGCUGAGGCAGUAGGUGUAGCUAUUGCUGCACCUCCAUCAGAAGGGGAGGCAAAUGCAGAGCUGUGUCGCUACCUCUCUAAGGUUCUAGAAGUGAAGAAGAGUGAAGUUGUUUUAGAGAAGGGUGGUAAAUCACGUGAAAAAGUGGUGAAGAUUUUGGCACCCAUGACACCAGAUGAGAUUUUGGAAAAACUGAAAAAAGAAGCUUCCAGUUGACCUAAAAGAAGAGUGGGAGAUGGGACAAUGCAUCUUGGUAAAUGGAAUGAUGUAUUUUUUUAUGUAAACCUGGUCCUGUUGAGGAUGUGGGUAAGCAAUAGUGGCAAAUAUUUCUUUACCCUGCUUGUUAAUAUAGCUGCUGCAUAAUUGGAGUUUUUGUGUAGGUUUCAUUAUGUUUCUAGUGAACCUCUGUGUCUGCUUCUGUCGCUACAGACCUUUUUCCCCUCUGGAGAGUUUACUCUCCAGUCUGGAUAAGAUUUGUCCUCCCUCCUAGUCCCUAAACAAAUGGUUUAGGAAUGUUCUCUUCAAUACAUAGCAACAGGUACUGGGGGCUGUUUUGGACUACGUACACAUACAAGCAUCUGAAAUAAGCAUAUGUGAAGCCAGUAUACUGCUGAUCACACAGGCAAGCUAAAAGCAGAAUCAGCUAGACAGUCCAAACAAGAGGUUUGCAAUAUGAAAAACUGACAGAGAACUUAAUGAUUGUGUACAAAGUGCCACUUUUGUAAUAGUCUCUAAUUAGUUUCCUGAAAAGCAGAGAUAAAAUUGUGUAUCUUUGCCAAAUGUAUGUCAAGUGUAAUGACUGUUUUUAAUAAAAGGGGCAAAAACUACUA